AUCGCAUCAGAGGCCACACCUCACUACGCCUUUAUAUUAUCCUGGCCACAAGAAGCAAAUCCAAUCUCGAAGCCUCGCCCUCUUUCCCUCUUCCAUCCGAACCCAAUCUAAUCAACCCUCGCCGAGAUGGGCCGCAAGUUCUUCGUUGGUGGCAACUGGAAAUGCAACGGAACCACCGAUCAGGUUGACAAGAUUGUCAAAACUCUGAAUGAUGGACAGGUUCCCUCUCCAGAUGUUGUUGAGGUCGUUGUCAGCCCUCCUUAUGUGUUCCUUCCUGUGGUCAAGAGCCAGCUGUGCCCUGAGUUCCAAGUUGCUGCUCAGAACUGCUGGGUGAAGAAGGGAGGUGCUUUCACCGGUGAGGUCAGUGCUGAGAUGCUCGCCAACCUUGGCAUUCCCUGGGUCAUUCUUGGACACUCUGAAAGGAGAGCUCUGUUGGGGGAAUCAAGUGAGUUUGUUGGAGACAAGGUUGCCUAUGCACUUGCUCAGGGCUUGAAGGUCAUUGCAUGCGUUGGUGAGACCCUUGAGCAGCGGGAAUCUGGGUCAACCAUGGAUGUUGUUGCUGCACAAACAAAAGCAAUUGCUGAGAGGAUCAAGGACUGGAGUAAUGUGGUUAUUGCCUACGAACCAGUCUGGGCCAUUGGAACUGGAAAAGUUGCCACCCCAGCUCAGGCUCAGGAGGUGCAUGCGUCCCUGAGAGAUUGGCUGAAGGCCAAUGUCAGCCCUGAGGUUGCUGAAUCUACAAGGAUCAUCUAUGGAGGUUCUGUAACUGCUGCAAACUGCAAAGAGCUGGCAGCGCAGCCCGAUAUUGACGGCUUCCUUGUUGGUGGUGCUUCUUUGAAGCCUGAAUUCAUCGACAUCAUCAACUCGGCCACGGUGAAGUCCGCCUAGGAUCUUCCCAGUCCUUCGCUUUGAUGUGGAGAUUCGCUGAAGAGGAUAUACUUGUUUUUCCUGUGUUAUGUACGCUAGUAAUUUUGCGCCGGAGCAGAUACUGUUUUCCUUCGCCAGCUUUUCUGAGGCUGCAACUUGAGCAUGCUAAUAAUGUUUAGCUCUGGACAUAUCAAUAAUGUUUUCAUGUUA